UAACGAGGAGCCACUAUCGCACCAGGGCUGCGCUAGACUGCCUUACAUGGGCAACUCUCUGGACCGACCGCGCUGCCGGUUGGAAUGCCGACCUCUGACGUCACUGCCUGUUACUCUCCCAGAUUUGGGGAAAAAAAAGAAGAAGUUUCACUUUAAGUCGGAUUAGAAACUCCCGAGAUUCUUAGAAAGCAAGUCUGCUGAUCGUCUGGUAACUCACCGCUGCCUGUCAUACAAAAGUCUGCACCAUGUGGAGUGGCCAGAAUGAUGGAGACCAGCAUGGUCACGUGACUGCCAGAAUGGAGACCAGUUUUCCCAUGGGCACUGCUAGCAUCUCCGUGUCACAGCAGCAGAUCCCUAAGAAGUUUGCCCCUGUGGUGGCCCCCAAACCCAAGUUCAACCCCUACAAACAGCCAGGGGAUCCCAUUCAUGAGGGCACAGGUGACUACCCUCCCCCGCCCCCACCCAUGAUGGACGCCGGUACCCUGCCAUGUGCCAUAUCCUCACCCCUGCCUCCACCAGUGGACGACUUUGGCUUUCAGAUUAAAGGGCCAGCCAAGACCCUGGAGGAGAGACGUUCCAGUCUCGACGCUGAGAUCGACUCUUUGACCAGUAUCCUGGCAGACCUGGAGAGCAGUUCCCCAUACAAGACCCGUGCACCGCAGAACGCUCCUGGGGCUCCGGCGGCCAGCCCCGGCGCUCCGGUCACAGGCUACAAGCGCAUGGUCAUUCCCACCCAGCCACCCCUGACAGCCACCAAAAAAUCCACCCCCAAGCCACAGGCCUCUCCUGCCUCCUCCCCUGUGGCGGCCCCGGUGGCGGCCCCGGUGGCGGCCCCUGUGCCGCGGGUGCAGCAGCCUGCCUCCCAGCCUGUCCCCGCCUCCUACACCACGGCCUCCACCCCCAGCCAGGCCACCUUCAACGUGCAGGUGAGAGCGGCCCAGCCUGGCCCCCAGCAGCACCCCACCCCUGUGCAGUAUGCUCCCACCCAGCCCAGAGGCCCCGACUUCGCCUAUGGGCCUCCGCAGCCGGGCUUCUCCCCGGCCCACGUCGGGGGGCAUCACGAGCCGCACUACGGAGGAGGAGCGCCGGCCUACGGGGGCGGGAACGCCUGGAGGGCAGAGCCGAGCCACCACACGGCCCCGCCGCAUAAUCAGACCUACCAGCCCCCGGCCCUGAAGAAGACCCCCAUUACUGAUCCGCCGGCCAGCCUGGCACCCUACGGAGUGGGACCCGCCGGCUCUCACAAGGGGCCGGGCCAGCCCACAGCUCGCCCCGACGAGGAACUGGACAGGCUGACCAGGAAGAUGCUCUACGAUAUGAACAACCCCCCAUCGGAGGAGUACUUCGGAGCAGUUCAGCUUGCCGUCGAAGGUGGAGUGCCUCGAUUCCGAGGAAGAAGGAGCACCCAGGGAGCAACUCGGAACAUGAGACACACAUACACAUGCCCUUGGUUCCCGUUUCCCGAUUGGGCCAGGGUGUUGGAAUCCUUAGAAUCAGCUGGACAGCCAGACCUGCGAGGUUCUGCUUCCCUGCCAUACUGGGCCAGGACACGAGGGACCGAGCGAUGUAAAUGGAUCAGAAGACGUUUAGGGGGAGUCCCAUGUGUCCCAAACAGAAGUCGGCAUGUCCAGAAAGGAAGGAAUCGUGCUCGUGUAAUAAUCAGUGUUCUGAGCAUUGUCCCAGAAACGCGAUCGAACAUGUUUACAUAUUACGCGCUUACCCUCAGCUGCUUUGUUUUCAUUUCGAGGUGUGACUUUCUGAAUACGCAGAGAGCUUCCACCCCACCAUCCACCCCACCAUCUUUUAAUGCACCUGCCAGCGAGGUGGUCCCUGGGAAAAUAUUUUCUCUGACGCCCUGAAGGUGGACCCCGUGGAGGACACAUGCUGAUCUGUCUUUGUGACCCUACACCUGCCUAUGUACCCUCCUCCCCUUGAAUGGCCUCAUACAAAAAUCAGAAGAAGAAAAACAUUUUAAAAUGUAUUAAACAUUAUUUAAAAAAAAAACAAAACGCUUGAUGCCGUGCGUUCAGAUCACUGUUCUGUACAUACAUGUAUUAAUGCACUGGAGUGUCGAAUAUUAGGCGAGUAUAUUAGGCGACCUCCAGCUAGCAGAGGCACCUGUUCCUUAGUACCGUAAUGGUGCCUAUGGCCUGGGGAGCAGGAACCAUUCUGACUGUACAAGUCCAUCAGCCCUCAGUGUGACGUUGGACCAGCGAGUGUAUGAGCUGACGCUGGUGAGCUGCUGGACCCAGUCAGUCUCCGGAUCUGUCUGGAUAGGUGCUGCUCAUUACCACAGCCAUAGUUCGAUCAAGUAUUAUCCAGAGAUUUCCAGAAGGGAGUUUGUGUAUGUAAAGGAUUACACAAAACGUGCUCGCACUCUAAAUUAAGUUGCAAAGGUAAUGAGAAGUAGUAGUUAAAGUGAGUAUUGAGGAUUCCAACAGCCUGUGCGCUCACAACUCAUUUUGUCUUGAUAUGAAGCUCUGUGACGGGUUCCCGGGGCACAGAUAUGUCGAAGACUGAAGGGAAAUCUGAUUUUCCAAUAAAGAAUUCUCCUUGACGUUGUAAUCUAGCGCAGGAAUAAAGGUGCUCGCGGAGUUGCAGGCGUGAUUUAUUGUUCCUGCUUCUGCGAUGGCAGUUGUUCUGGGUUCCCGUUAAGACAGUUUUGUUUGGUUGCCGCGGUAAUCGGAGACGGAGAGGAUGCUCGCUGCAAGGCUGAGUGAGCUGCGCUGUUAGUCUGCCACCAGCCCAAUUUUGCUUUCCGUCAGUCAUUUGAUAGAAAGCUGAAAGCGUGGAUGAUCACCUCAGGUUAUUUCAUCUGGCGUUGUUCAAUUACACUUGCAGAUUAGCGCACAUAGUAGUUUGAAUUGUUCAGUAGAACAAAAUACAAGCAAGAUCUGGUACAUCAGCAUAAAAAUGUGGAUGUUUGUAUGUGUGUUAUUGAAUUAUUUAACACUGUGCUUGUAAGGACAGUCCCCUCUGAGGGAGAACUGUGACCGUUGGUACUUUGUUCCUAUUUCGAUGAAUACAGAUUGUGUUAC